AGGUGGAGGAGGUUGCGGCGGGUUUGAAAGCGACAGUUUCCUGGCAGCUUGGGCAGGCGUUGGUCUCCGCGCUCCAGCUCCGCAGCGGCCCCGGUCGAUCCUGCGACGGGUCUACGCGCGCUUCUGCGCGCCGCCGACGGAUUUUCUCCCGUUCCGGCUCUUCCCCCUUCACCUCCCCGCCCCCCCGCUCCUGCCUUUCCCGCCGCUCCGGCGCGGCGCCCGGGGGCCCGCAGCCGGCUGUGACCCCGCCCGAAACCCCUCUGGAGCCGCCGGGGAACAAUUCCCUUCUCCUUUCCUCAGCCUAACCCGGGGUGGCCCUCGCGGAGCCAGACCAGCCGGGAGGAGCGCAGCCGGGAGGGGCGUCCGAGGGGCGUCUCGGGGCUUGGAGCGGCCCGGCCCCCGGCGGGCUGUGGCCAGGGGUUGGGGGCGCCAGAGCGGCGAGGCGCUCUCGCCGGGCUGCGCGGGCCGACCGGGGUCCCCAGGCUGAGAGGGGCCCGGAGCGGCGACCCCGCCGCCCGCGCGGGGUCUCCCCCAUGUUGCAGCGGGAUUCGGGAUGUCGAAGACGCUGAAGAAGAAGAAGCAUUGGCUCAGCAAGGUGCAGGAGUGCGCGGUGUCCUGGGCCGGGCCCCCGGGCGACUUGGGCGCCGAGAUUCGGGGCGGCGCGGAACGCGGCGAGUUCCCGUACCUGGGGCGGCUCCGGGAGGAGCCCGGUGGGGGCACCUGCUGCGUCGUCUCAGGCAAGGCGCCCAGUCCCGGGGAUGUGCUGCUAGAGGUGAACGGGACGCCUGUCAGCGGGCUCACCAACCGGGACACCCUAGCUGUCAUCCGCCACUUCCGAGAGCCCAUCCGUCUCAAGACUGUGAAGCCAGGCAAAGUCAUUAAUAAAGAUUUGCGGCAUUACCUGAGUCUUCAGUUUCAGAAGGGAUCAACUGACCACAAACUGCAGCAAGUGAUCAGAGAUAAUCUCUACUUGAGAACCAUUCCAUGCACUACACGGGCCCCCAGGGAUGGGGAAGUACCAGGGGUGGACUAUAAUUUCAUUUCUGUUGAGCAAUUCAAAGCACUGGAAGAGAGUGGAGCAUUAUUAGAAAGUGGAACCUAUGAUGGAAACUUCUAUGGAACUCCCAAGCCUCCAGCAGAACCCAGCCCUUUCCAGCCAGAUCCAGUUGAUCAGGUUCUCUUUGAUAAUGAAUUUGACACAGAAUCCCAAAGAAAACGAACUACAUCUGUCAGCAAGAUGGAAAGAAUGGACAGCUCUCUUCCUGAAGAAGAAGAUGAGGAGGACAAGGAAGCUAUUAAUGGCAGUGGAAAUUCAGCAGAAAACAGAGAGAGGCAUUCUGAGUCAUCUGACUGGGUGAAGACUGUUCCGAGUUACAAUCAAACAAAUAGCUCCAUGGACUUUAGAAAUUAUAGAGAUGAGAAUCUGGAACCACUGCCCAAAAACUGGGAAAUGGCCUACACUGACACUGGGAUGAUCUACUUCAUUGACCACAAUACCAAGACAACCACGUGGUUGGAUCCUCGUCUUUGUAAGAAAGCCAAAGCCCCUGAAGACUGUGAAGAUGGAGAACUUCCUUAUGGCUGGGAGAAAAUAGAAGACCCUCAGUAUGGCACAUACUAUGUUGAUCACCUUAACCAGAAAACGCAGUUUGAAAAUCCAGUGGAGGAAGCCAAAAGGAAAAAGCAGUUAGGACAGGCUGAUAUUGGGUCUUCAAAACCAGAUAUGGAAAAAUCACACUUUACUCGAGAUCCAUCCCAGCUUAAAGGUAUCCUUAUUCGAGCAUCAUUGAAAAAAAGCACAAUGGGAUUUGGUUUUACUAUUAUUGGUGGAGAUAGGCCCGAUGAGUUCCUACAAGUGAAAAAUGUGCUAAAAGAUGGUCCUGCAGCUCAAGAUGGGAAAAUUGCACCAGGUGAUGUUAUUGUAGAUAUAAAUGGCAGCUGUGUCCUUGGUCACACUCAUGCAGAUGUUGUCCAGAUGUUUCAGUUGGUACCUGUCAAUCAGCAUGUAAGCCUCACUCUAUGUCGUGGUUAUCCACUUCCUGAUGACAGUGAAGAUCCUAUUGUGGACAUUGUUGCUGCUACACCUGUUGUCAAUGGACAAUCAUUAACCAAGGGAGAGACUCGCAUGAACACUCAGGAUUUUAAGUCAGGAGCACUGGUACUGGACCAGAAUGGAAAAUCGGGACAUACCCUGUUGAGUGAUCGUCUCAAUGGACCAUCAGAUCCAAGUGAGCAGAGAGCAUCCAUGGCAUCAUCAGGCAGCUCCCAGCCUGAACUAGUGGCUGUCCCUCUCGUUAAGGGCCCAAAAGGUUUUGGGUUUGCAAUUGCUGACAGCCCAACUGGACAGAAGGUGAAAAUGAUAUUGGAUAGUCAGUGGUGUCAAGGCCUACAGAAAGGGGAUAUAAUUAAGGAAAUUUACCAUCAAAAUGUGCAGAAUUUAACACAUCUCCAAGUGGUCGAGGUGCUAAAGCAGUUUCCAGUAGGUGCAGAUGUACCAUUGCUUAUCUUAAGAGGAGGUCCUCCUUCACCAAGUAAAACUGCCAAAAUGAACACAGAUAAAAAGGAAAAUUCAGGAAGUUUGGAGGCCAUAAAUGAGUCCAUUCCCCAGCCUAUGCCUUUUCCACCCAGCAUUAUCAGGUCAGGAUCCCCUAAAUUGGAUCCUUCUGAGGUCUACCUGAAGUCUAAGACCUUAUAUGAAGAUAAACCACCAAACACCAAAGAUUUGGAUGUUUUUCUUCGGAAACAGGAAUCAGGGUUUGGCUUCAGGGUGCUAGGAGGAGAUGGACCUGACCAAUCUAUAUACAUUGGGGCCAUCAUUCCUCUGGGUGCGGCUGAGAAAGAUGGUCGGCUCCGUGCAGCUGAUGAGCUGAUGUGCAUUGAUGGGAUUCCUGUUAAAGGGAAAUCACACAAACAAGUCUUAGACCUAAUGACGACUGCUGCUCGAAAUGGCCACGUGUUAUUAACCGUCAGAAGAAAGAUCUUCUGUGGUGAGAAACAACCUGAGGAUGACAGCUCUCAAGCCUUCAUUGCAACGCAGAAUGGAUCUCCGUACCUGAACCGAGCAGAGGUCCCAGGCAGACCUGCUCCCCAGGAGGCCUAUGAUGUUGUCUUGCACCGAAAAGAAAAUGAAGGAUUUGGUUUUGUUAUCCUCACCUCCAAAAGCAAACCACCUCCAGGAGUUAUUCCUCAUAAAAUUGGCCGAGUCAUAGAAGGAAGUCCAGCUGAUCGCUGUGGAAAACUGAAAGUGGGAGAUCAUAUCUCUGCGGUGAAUGGACAGUCCAUCAUUGAGCUGUCCCAUGACAGCAUUGUCCAGCUGAUCAAAGAUGCCGGGGUCACUGUCACGCUAACAGUCAUUGCCGAAGAAGAGCAUCACGGUCCACCAUCAGGAACAAACUCUGCCAGGCCGAGCCCAGCCCUACAGCACAGGCCCAUGGGACAGUCACAGGCCAGCCACAUGCCUGGGCACAGAAGUGCCCUGGAAGGUGAAAUCGGAAAGGAUGUCUCCACUUCUUACAGACAUUCGUGGUCUGACCCCAAGCACCUGGCCCAGCCGGAGCCUGCAGGGGUCUCCGUGGUGGGCGGUCGGCACAGUCAGGGCCUUGGCUGCUACCCCGUGGAGCUGGAGAGGGGCCCACGGGGCUUCGGGUUCAGCCUCCGAGGGGGAAAGGAGUACAACAUGGGGCUGUUCAUCCUGCGCCUGGCCGAGGACGGCGCGGCCAUCAGAGAUGGCAGGAUUCACGUUGGUGACCAGAUUGUUGAAAUCAAUGGGGAACCUACACAAGGCAUCACACAUACUCGAGCGAUUGAGCUCAUUCAGGCUGGUGGAAAUAAAGUUCUUCUUCUUUUGAGGCCAGGAACCGGCUUGAUACCUGACCACAGUGAUUGGGAUAUGAAUAAUCCUUCACCUUCAAAUGUAAUCUAUGAUGAACAGUCACCAUCUCCCCCAUCUUCACACUCUGCUUUCAUAUUUGAAGAGUCUUACAUGCCAGUAAUUGAAGAAUCCUUAAUGAGAGUUCAUAUAUGUGAAAAUGCAGAAGAAUUUAAGGACAUUGUGCCUGAAAAGAAAAGCACUUUAAAUGAGAAUCAGUCUGACAUAAAGCAUCCAUCUCUUCACCAGAAAAGUAUGAAUAAAAGGGUUCCACCCCACAGUCUAGGGCAUAGUGACAAGAAAAAUCUCUUAAAAAUAGAAAAUGGUGUUAUACAAAGAGGGAGAUCUGCUAGCCCCAAAAAGUCAGCCAGUCAGUGUUCAGAGGAGCAUUUAGAAAAGAUUACCAGUCCUCUAAACAUUGACCCUAAAAGACGACCCAGAGACCGAUCACUCAGCCCCAGAAAAGGGGAGAAUAAAAGUCAUCAGAUUGGCACCAGGGCAGGUUCUGGACAAGAUCAUCACCGGGAAAGCAGAGGACAGUCUUCAAGCCCAAAGAAGCAGCCAAAAACUGAAGGACGCAAAGACCCAUCAAGUGCUGAAGCCAAAUUAUUAGAGUUUGGGAGUCGAAGAGUAGGGGACCGUGAUAGUGACAAUGCGGAGCUCAUCUCAGAUGGGAAAGACAAAUCGGGUGUUACCAGGAAAGACACAAAGCAGAGUCAGUCUGGAAAAAACAGGACAAAGUCUCCAGAGAAAAAAAGCAAGAGAAUGGAUGAAAAGUCUCUUCCAUCCAAAAAGGCUACUAAUGUUCCUGGCAGAGCAGUAGCCGACGAUGCCAACGGAAAGAAAGCAGCCUUAGGAGAAAAAAGCUGUAGUAAAGAUAAAAUAGGAGAAAACGUCAAAAUAUCAGAAAAGAAGCUGAAGCAGGAACCUGAAGAAAGAACGGUUUUAAACAAAACAGAAGAUUACAAAGGGAGAGAACCCCAGGCAGCUGACGAAAACAGAGAGAGUAGAGGGGUCAAACCUGAAAGCAAUUCUCCAGUGAGGAAAACACCAAUAACUCCAGGGCCCUGGAAGGUGCCAGGUGCAAAUAAAGCCACAGGCAAUACUGGGGUGGCAGAGAGGCGGCUGUGACCUUUAGCAUAAAACAAAGAAAAACAAGUUGCAAUCUUUUCUUACUAAAAAGCGGUUUUCAAAAAAAAAAAGUCAUUUUUCAGAAAUUCUGAAACACACGUUGUCCAUUUUAAUUUGAGCAUCAAGUUACCUAGACUGCAUGAAGGGCCUUUAGGAUUGCUAGGAACCAACUGGCCCCUGGCUGGCCGCUCUCCCUCAGGCUCAGGAAGGCACUGCACCCACGCCCACCCGACAUGCCCUGCUCGGGCUGUCCAGCUCAUCUUCAUGCGUGUCUGAACAAAUGACAGAUGUUGAUACUCAAUGUGGUCACAACUCUACAUUUGUGCUAAGUCAUCUACUGUAUCAUGUCUAUUUGAUCCUUCUCACUCAUAUUCCACAGUAAUGAAAAAAUUAGGUUUGGCUUGGAAGUUGAUAUUCUCAAUAGCAUGUUGCAUGUUUACAGAGAGAAAUAUUUGAGCCCUUGCAGAAGAAGAGAUGAACUCAUCAGUUAAGAUGGUAGUUGCCUCUUCUAAUAGCUACUGAUGCUGUCCCCCUUUAAAAAGUCCAAAACAUAACCAGUGUAAAGAAACAAAAUAUCAGAUAUUGACACGUAACGGUUUUUUAAUUUGGCUGGAUGAGGUAUUCUGAAUAACUGUUGAAAGAUACUACUUACAAUUAAAUGUUCAAAAUGAGAGAGUAAGCAAUUAAGAGUUCACCUUCUGCUGUUACCCACCCCUGACAGAGCUGUAGCCCCACCAUCUCCCUCUUCAGUUAUUUUGUAAGAAACCACAAAGCCAGCAUGUGGAAAUACUGCUUAUUGCUCUUUGUAGAAAAACUACAAAUUUCUAUUCCUGGAUAUUUUGGUUGUACCUGUAUCUUAGUAGUUAAUACAUAAUAAAUACACAUUUGAAGAGUCACAAUAUCACACAGAGUGUGAGGGAUUUAAUCGUUAAACCAGUUUCAGCCCACUGCCAGCCCCAGUGCCGACCUGCGUGUGCAGCUGUGCAGGUGGGCUGCUGAGACCUUGUGCUAAGACCCGCUCAGCAAGUAAGGAUGGGCACGGCGGUGGGCAGCACAGGCAUGACCUUAUUUCUAGCAACAUUGACUUACUUGAAAACAAGAAAGGGAGACUAAACAUCUGCUUAACUUGUACAAGUUUUCAGAGUGAAAGCCUGAUUAAAAAUGUUUGUUGGAAGGUGGAGACAGUUUUUUAACUCCAUAUAAUAAAUCCAGGUUUUCAGUCCCUUGAAGUAACAUUCAGUAGCGCCUAUAAAUAAAGGAACAUUCUAAUAAAACCAUUUUAUGGAGUAUUUGAACACACUUGUUCUGUCACCCAGGGUUCAUCUUGUUAUUGUGAAACACAUUAUGUCCAGGUUCUUCCCUCCCAGUCUGUGAAACUCUUUCAUAUAACAACUGAAUCAGCCCCUGUAGAUAAGACAUGUUGCCCUGAGUGAGAUUUUUGAAGCCCCCUUUUCAUUCAGAACUCAAUCUACCCACCUACUGUAACUACUUGAAUAGAGCAAAAUUAGGAGGCUUGAUAAACAGAGAAUUUAGUACCACAGAAAUGAUUUAUUUUCCCUAUAGUCCACAAUUAGUGAUAAAAAUCCGAUUUUUAUUGUUAACUGUGACAUAUCUUUGAUGUCAUAUGUUGUCAGUCUGAUGUGGCUCUUUCCUAAGUAACCUGUCACUGUACUAAUUAUAUACUGACUUAGCAAUGUGGCCUUGGAAUGCUAAGCAAAAUAUGGAUGUACUGGUUGUAAAUGUUUAUAUAUUGUACAGAUCCUUUAUAUAUACACCUCAAGUUCUGAUUAGAGAAAGAUCUGUAAAUUGCUUGUUAUUUUUUAUAUAGAUAAUAAAAAAAACAAAAAAUAGUUCAUGGCCUGUAUUUCUUUUACUGUCAGUUUUAUUUAAUGUUGCUUUCUGUUUAUUUGUGGAGCUAGUUGCAGUCAUGGUCUGAGUCCUCAAAUAGAUUUGCUCCCUACAAGUAACAAACAUUCAAAGUCCUACAUUCAGGAAGACUAAUAAUGAGCUAGCUAUGCCUUUUUCUGUAUGUAAAGCUCAAAAUCGGUGAGUUCACUAUCAUUAUACCUGUUUUAUACCAUUGUAAAGAACAUAGCUUUGCAUAUAAUUUAUUACCCCCAAAAAAUUCUUUCUUAUUUUAUUAGGAACAGAAAAGGACUUAAUCUUACUGGAAAUUCAGUUUCUAGACAUUUGUAAUGGAUGUAGCGGUCUAGGUCCAGUACCACAAGGUCACAAAACUAUCUCAUUGGACUAUGGCACUUCACAUUAUUUUUGAACCAUUUUAUUUACUUUUGGUUAUACUUACCUUUAGAAUGAAGUGUUUUGACUUUAUUUCAUUUAAUUCUUGGUAUGAAUAAUGCCUAAAACCUAUUUUAAGACCAUGGUUAAUUUAACACUCUCGAGUGGAAAAAUACAUUCCUACCUACCAUUGAACUCACACUUGAAACUCCAAGCCUCUAAUUCCCGAGCCCCAGAGCGGAGAUGUGUGUUAUCGCAAAGGCUUCAGAGAGUGGCAGCUAGAAUAGUUCUGUUGUUAUUUCAGUGGACAUGUUUUCUUACUGGUCACAACAAAAAAGUUCUACGAUGCUAUUAUACUGUCUUACUAGAGAGAUUAGAAACUAAGAUUCUGUAAUAUUGUCCUCUUCCAACCUAGUUACAGCAAAUUUUACAGAACAAACAGCUUAUGAACAGAGCCAACUCCUAUUUUAGAAGUCUUGGACACACAAAGUAUUUGGCUUUUUAUUUCUAUGUGCUAAUAUCUUACUUUUUUAAUAGUAAAAUAUUCUCAUGUAGAAAAAUCCAAAUGCUUCUAAAUAUGGGGACAAAUGAAGAAUUUUAUGUUUAAUAUGCCCAACAUUCAAAGAGAAUUGGGUUUUAAGCAAGCAAGCAAUAUUCAAAUUGUUUAACUGUGUGACAGUCUAAAGACCUCCACAAAGAUGUGUUUAAGCUAAAGCUUAAUCUAUAAUGUGCUCCUGGAACAGUAACAGGUUUGUUUAUUUAGGCAGCUGUUAAUGGUCAUGCUAUUAAGGUUUAUCAGCAAUACAAUGACUUACUUAAAGCACGUCAUAAUUAUUACAUGAACUCUAUAAUCUUUGCAUUAGUUAACAAUUCAUUUGAGAUAUCCACUAACUUGGGUCCAUUUUCAGUGAUGCUAUGCAAGCAGAGCCUUAAGUAUAAGAGAAUAUGAAAUUUAUGAAGAGUGUAAUUCUACUGGAGAACUCUGAAUCUCUCACAUAUGCAUUAAAAUACAAAAUAAUAGCCAAGUGCUUUAAUUUAGCCUACACCUAUAUUUUGACAAAAAAUAUGGGUAUUUGUCCAUUUUACAAUGUUUGUAUUAAAGUCAAGUAGAACUACUAGCAAAUACACAAGAGGCUUAUUUUGCCCUGAAUAAACAACCAUUUGUUACCUUGAGUAACACCUUAUUACAGCUUAUAGGCUCAGGAUGUGCUGCAGGUAAGGUGUGGAAUUAUUGCACAUUUGCAAAAUUCAAACUUGAUUAUUUAAGAUGGGCACCAAUAUGUGUUGAGAAGAAAUUAAGUUUAAUGAAUUUACUUCUUGACAAUCACAAACAAACUGCAUUUGGGAAUAAGUCCCAUUUGGCCUAUUAUGAAUGUAUAGAUCUAAAAAAUUUCAAAAAUGAACUGGCUUGAAAGAGGACUGUAUUUACAGUACACAGGUCCACUUUCCCCUAAAUACAAGGACCAAAAAUAAAAACAUAGACCCAUAAUCUUAUACUUUGUGAGAUAUCCUGGUAUUUAGAAUUUUUCUUCAUGUCUCUGAAAGUCGAGAAAACCACACCCCAGUUAGGCAAGCAUUUGUCAAAGUGCUUAGUUUAUAUUACACAUGAGCCAUCAUGUACAUAUUUAGGCAGUUUGAGGUUAUACCUCUAUAGCAAUUUAAGGGGAUAAUUUUCUCAAUUCAACAAAUUAUAAAAUUAGGUGAACAGGUUUUUUUUUAAUGUUCCUGUGGCUAUUACUUUUCCAAGUGAAUGUAUGAAUGGCCUCAUCUAGUUCUUGGUUUUUACAUCUUGGUUUAAUUUCUCUGGAACAGGUAAAUAUUAUCAAAGUAUAUUAUACCUACCUUUUUGGAAUCAAAACAAAAGCCCAAGUUACUAGAAAGUAUUAUACAGCAAUAAAUUAAGCACUGAGGUUAAGAGAACCAUGAAGUCACAAAUUUUUUUCUGCUAGGGUAGAAGAGUUGUGUGAAUGGUAAAUUAUUUGACAUCUAUCCUUCA